AUGGAUAAGUCUGUACAAUCAGUGAGAUUUGCUUUGGACCCUAAUCAUUCAAAGAGACAUCAAAAAUCUGAAUCAGACCAUCAUAUAAUUACUGAUGUUAACAAAAAAAAUAACAACAAACGAUAUAAAACGAUGAGAAGGUCUUCUGCUCCUGUGACUGGAUCAUUAAAUAAUAAACAACAACAAGAACAACAGCCACAACAAUUACCGCAACCAUUACAACCGCAGCCACAACUAAAAGAUGAAUCUGUACAAUCAGUGAGAUUUGCUUUGGACCCUAAUCAUUCAAAGAGACAUCAAAAAUCUGAAUCAGACCAUCAUAUAAUUACUGAUGUUAACAAAAAAAAUAACAACAAACGAUAUAAAACGAUGAGAAGGUCUUCUGCUCCUGUGACUGGAUCAUUAAAUAAUAAUUCCGAAGAAGAUUCAAAGAUUCCAACAGUAAAUAUUGAAUCUAUUGACAACAACAACAACGUAUUAUUAUCAUCUUCACCGCCACAACCACAAAACAAUAAUUACGUUAAUGUUUCAUCAUCUGUUUCAUCAUCUUUGGAUUCUAAUGCUUGUUCACUAUCUCCACCUUCCUUAACUCCUUCCUCCUCAGUGUCUUCUUUAAGCUCUUCUGUUGGUCAACUUAAUGGUAGCGGUGCCGGAGUUAAUGAAGAAGAUGGCGAAGAGCUUAAAGAAGACACUGAGGAGGAAGGAGUUAAGGAAGGUGGAGAUAGUGAACAAGCAUUAGAAUCCAAAGAUGAUGAAACAGAUGAUGAAACAUUAACGUAA